AUGGAAGAAGGAAACCAGUCUGUAGUAUCUGAGUUUAUGUUUCAGGGACUUUGCACCUCAAAAGAACUCCAGAUCUUCCUCUUCCUGCCAUUUUCUACAAUAUGCCUGAUGACUUUCGUAGACAACCUUUUUGUUGUGGUAGUGAUCAUCACUGACCACCAUCUCCACUCCCCCAUGUACUUCCUGUUAGCUAAUCUUUCAUUUGUUGACUUCUGCCUUUCCUCAGUUACCACCCCUAAACUGACCACAGACCUCCUACAGGACAGUAAGACCAUUUCUUUUGGGAGUUGUAUGAUGCAGAUUCUUAGUGUGCAUUUUUUUGGAGCAGUUGAGAUUGUGACUCUUGUGAUGAUGGGUUAUGAUCGUUAUGUGGCCAUCUGCAAACCACUUCAUUACAGCAGUAUCAUGGGCAGACAGAAGUGCAUUGGACUAGUUUGGGUAUCUUGGAUCAUUGGCUUUUUGCAUUCCAUAAUUCAAGUGGUCAUAAUUUUGUGUUCGCCCCUCUGUGGACCCAAAGUAUUGGACAGCUUUUUCUGUGAUAUUCCGUUGGUGGCAAAAUUAGCAUGUGUGGAUACUGACACAUUUGCAAUAGUCAUAAAUGUUAAUAGUGGUAUUUUUUUCAUUCUCUUAAUGAUCUCCUAUACCUACAUACUAUUAACAGUCUUCCUUCACUCUAAACAUGGUGCAUCAAAGGCACUCUCUACUUGUACAUCACACAUCAUUGUGGUGGUGCUGUUCUAUGGACCCUGCAUUUUCAUCUACCUAUGGGCAAUCAACAUCACAUGGGUGGACAAGUUUCUUUCUAUGUUUUACAUAAUAAUCACACCUGUCCUGAAUCCAGCCACUUAUACACUGAGAAAUAAAGAGAUUAAGAAUGCCAUAAAGAGGCUGGUUCAUGGCUUAAGUGGUAGAUCACUUGCCUCACAACUGGCCUGA